AUGCGGUUCUCGACACUGUUCCCGGUGCUCAGCACCGUCGUCCUCCCGUCCUCGGCCGCCCUCGUCAAGGAAGGCUCAAGGUGCGUCGUGAGCCCCAUCUCGGCCGCCGUCGCCUCCUCCGAGGAGGGCGGACUGGUCGCGCGCCAGUCCCAGGUGGACGACACGCCGCAGAUCCUCGAGGCCUUCUCGCAGUGCGGCCAGGAUGGCACCAUCAUCCUGCAGGAGGGCACCUAUCACAUCCGGCAGGUCAUGGACACGACCAACCUGCGCAACGUGUCCAUCGAGAUCUACGGCACGCUGGUCUGGAGCGCCGACAACCUCGACUACUGGCGGCGGGCCAGCUUCGACGUCGUCUACGCCGGCCGCCAGACCGCCUGGCGCAUCGGCGGGCGCGACAUCACCAUGCGCGGCUUCGGCAAGGCCCUCUUCGACGGCAACGGCCAGGCCUGGAUCGACCUGGCCAACGGCGCGUCCAACCUGAACGGGAGGCCCAUCUCGCUGACCGUCUGGUACGGCACCAACGUGUUGAUCGACGGCAUCACCUGGCGGAUGGCGCAGUUCUGGCACACUUUUGUUGCCCACUCGGAGAACGUGACCAUGACCAACUUGGACAUGUACACCCUCUCUUCCAACGGUAGGAGUUCCCAGAACACGGACGGGACGGAUACCUGGAACUCCAAGAAUAUCUUCAUCGCGAACUGGACGGUGACCUGUGGUGAUGACUGCAUCGCUGUCAAGGGUAACAGCACCAAUGUCCACGUCAAGAACGUGGCAUGCACCGAGUCCGGCGCCACCGUCAUCGGCAGCAUCGGCUCCAACGCGUGGCAGCCCGACUACGUCGAGAACGUCGUGUUUGAGAACAUCACGGCCAAGCACUCGAGCAACGCCGCCUGGAUCAAAACGUACCCUGGAACGGGAUACGUCCGCAACGUCACCUUCCGCAACAUCCACUUCGAGGACGUCAACCAGCCCAUCUACCUAUCCUCGUGCAUCUGUACGUCUUGGCCUCCUCCUUUCCCUCCCUUCCUAUCGCCUCCUUUCUUUCUUCCCCAAACUUGUAAUUGUAAUAAUAAUAAUAAUAAUAAUAAUAAUAACAGAAAAAGGGGAAACUAA